AUGGACACCGAAGGCGACCACGCCGAUCAGGCGCCUCGACGGACCGCCCAGGUCGACAAUGCCAUUCGCGCAAUUCAGGAGAAGAAGCCGCUGCCCGAGAUCGACUUCACCAUCCAUAUGAUGGAGGAUGGCACUCAGGUGAGCACGCUCGAGCGAGUGUGCAAAGAUGUCCAGGCGCCGGCCAUGUUCAAGCCCACGGAUGAGCAGUUUUUCGAAGACGACACCCAUGAAAAGCCCGACAUCAACUUCCUCAAGCAGCACUUUUAUCGCGAGGGCCGACUCACCGAGGAGCAGGCGCUGUGGAUCAUUAGAAAGGGUACCGAGCUGCUGCGUGCCGAGCCCAACCUUCUCGAGAUGGACGCCCCCAUCACCGUCUGCGGUGAUGUCCACGGCCAGUACUACGACUUAAUGAAGCUGUUUGAGGUCGGAGGCGAUCCUGCUGAGACGCGAUACCUCUUCCUCGGCGACUACGUUGACCGAGGAUACUUUAGCAUCGAAUGUGUCCUCUACCUGUGGUCCCUCAAGAUCCACUACCCCAAGACAUUGUGGCUUCUGCGAGGCAACCACGAGUGUCGCCAUCUGACUGACUACUUCACCUUCAAGCUCGAGUGUAAGCACAAGUACUCGGAGGCCAUCUACGAAGCCUGCAUGGAAUCAUUCUGCUGCCUUCCCCUGGCUGCCGUCAUGAACAAGCAGUUCCUGUGCAUCCACGGUGGCUUGAGUCCCGAGCUGCACACUCUCGACGACCUGAGAAGCAUUGAUCGAUUCAGAGAGCCCCCGACUCAGGGCCUCAUGUGCGACAUUCUAUGGGCCGACCCGCUUGAGGACUUUGGACAGGAAAAGUCCAGCGAUUUCUUUUUGCAUAACCACGUGCGAGGAUGUUCGUACUUCUUCUCAUAUCACGCGGCCUGUGCGUUCCUGGAGAAGAACAACUUGCUCUCCGUCAUUCGUGCCCACGAGGCCCAGGAUGCCGGUUACAGGAUGUACCGCAAGACGCGGACGACCGGCUUCCCCAGUGUCAUGACCAUCUUCUCGGCGCCAAACUACCUCGAUGUCUACAAUAACAAGGCCGCCGUGCUCAAGUAUGAAAACAAUGUUAUGAAUAUUCGACAGUUCAACUGCACGCCUCAUCCAUACUGGCUGCCCAACUUCAUGGACGUCUUCACCUGGUCGCUACCAUUUGUGGGCGAAAAGAUCACGGAUAUGCUCAUUGCCAUUCUGAGCACGUGCUCGGAGGAGGAACUCAAGGAAGAGACGCCGUCGUCACAUUCCCCCGGCCCCAGCUCGCCAUCUCUUCCUGGUAGCCUGGAGGACCCCAACUCGAUCGAGUUCAAGCGCAGGGCGAUCAAGAACAAGAUUCUGGCCAUUGGCCGCAUGUCGCGUGUCUUCCAGGUUUUGCGUGAAGAGUCUGAGCGCGUGACGGAGCUGAAGACUGUCUCCGGUGGAAGGCUUCCCGCUGGUACUCUGAUGCUCGGCGCCGAAGGUAUCAAGAAUGCGAUUAGCUCAUUCGAGGAUGCCAGAAAGGUCGACUUGCAGAACGAGCAUCUGCCCCCGACUCAUGACGAAGUGGUGAAGCACCAAGAGGAGGAGAGAGCGAUUGCCUUGCAAAAGGCGGCAGAAGAGGCGGACAAUGACAAGAAGCUGCACCAGCUCUCCCGGAGACUUAGCACGUAA